AUACAAAACUACUUCUCCGUUCUAAAAAAAAAGUUCCUAUUUUGACCAGGUGUAAAAUUAAGGAAAUGUUAAAUUAUAGUUGACUUCUAAUUUUGUUCUUGAUGUGAUGGGUAAAAGUAAAAUGUAAUUGAUAGAUUAUUAGAAAAAAAGUAUGUUGUGAUAGGUAAGGGUUCGGAGCAAACGAAGGAUGCGAUGUGGGAUCGUAUCGAGAAGAAGUUCUUCACGGCGAUGAACAAGGACGGCUCCUACCGAACCCGGGACCAACUCACUUCCAAAUGGAGUCACAUCAACCGUAAAGUUCGAAAGUUUAUCGGAGUUUACGAGGAAUGCUCCCGGUCCCGGAGGAGCGGUACGAACGACGCCAAUGUUCUCCGGCUUGCCACGACCCGGUAUCAAGACGACGGGCACCAAGGCAAGAUGCCCAUCGAUCUUUGGAGGAUUUUGAGUCGUUCCCCGAAGUGGCAACAACUCAACAAUCCCGACGGCGGAUCGUUCCAGAAAAGAUCCACCGUCGACGCCGAGGUUGAGGUCGACGAGACUAUCAGUUCAACCGAUCAAAUCCCUCCCUUCAACGUUGCGGAUUCCGAUGGCGAGGACCCCAUUCCACGGCCGAUCGGAAAAAAGAAGGCAAAAUCCAUUGCCUCUGGUUCGGGAGGGUCCGCUUCUGUUUCCGCUUCUUCCCGCGACGAAAUCGGCCGGGAAAUGGUUGAACAACUUCGGGCGUUCAAUCUCCGUGAACAAGAGAGGUUGAAGCUAAAGGAGAAGGAGUUGAAGCUAAAGGAGCUGGAGGCCGAGAUCAAAGUCAUGCAAACCGACCCCGGGACGUUGUCGGAGAUUGGACGAAUGAUCUACGAGCAAAGAAUAAGAGAGAUCAAGGAGAAAUAUAAUUUACCUUAGUUUUUUUAUUAAUGUACAAUAUGAUAUUUGCACCAUUCACAGGCGUCGAUAAUCAUAAAAAAUGAAUUACAUUUGCGGCU